UUUAUUUAUUAAUAUUUAUUAAUUCCUCUUGUAAAUCAUUUAAAUUAUUCCAUUUGGUAUAAAGUAUGUUAUUUUGUCGACACAGCCUGUGCAAUUAACUACCUGUGAAUAAUUUUUUACCAAUUCAGUCCUCGGUUUACAAUUAAAUGAUUCUUUUUUAAUUAAUAAUGUCCAGACGGUACGAUUCUCGUACUACGACCUUCUCUCCCGAAGGGCGUUUAUAUCAAGUUGAAUAUGCUCUUGAAGCUAUAAAUAAUGCCAGUCUUACCGUUGGCGUUUUAUGCAGUUCUGGCGUUGUCCUGGUAGCUGAUAAACCUAUCAGCUCUAAACUACUUGACCCUGGGAAAAUCAAUGAGAAGCUGUACAAACUUGACUCGCACAUAUUCUGCGCGGUCGCAGGACUCACCGCAGACGCCAACGUACUCAUCAACAUGUGCAAAUUAUACGCACAAAGACAUCGAUACUCAUACGGUGAACCACAAUCCAUCGAACAACACAUCAUACAAAUCUGCGAUCUCAAACAAAGUUACACGCAAUUUGGAGGGUUAAGGCCGUUUGGUGUGAGUUUUUUGUUUGGGGGCUGGGAUGAGAAUUUGGGGUUCCAACUCUACCACACCGACCCAUCCGGGAAUUACUCUGGCUGGAAAGCAACCGCUAUCGGAAUGAACAGCCAAUCCGCACAAUCCAUUCUCAAACAAGAGUGGAAAGAGGAUUUAACGUUGGAGCAGGCGGUGAGAUUGGCGAUACGAGUGUUGACGAAGGCGAUGGAUUCUUCAACGCCGCAGGCGGAUAAAAUCGAAGUUGGCGUCCUGUCCAAGGGCGAGACUGGCGAAUUUGAGCCCUUUGUUGAAAUGCUAAACAACGACAAAGUCGACACACUACUCAAGUCCAUCGCUCAAGAAGAUGUUAAACCUAACCAACCCAAUAACUAA